CUUUACACAUAAAUAGAGGAGAGAGGGUCUGCAUCUAGACAAGCAAGAACAACACAUACACAUACAGCAACAACAACAGCAAGACGAGCAUCUCAUCCAGUCGUCAGUGAACAUGUUGGCACAGUGCGGUCUGGUGUUCCUCUUGGUAGUGACGGCUGCUGGCUUCGAGUUCAGCCCAGCUCCGGUGGAGUCCUCACCUCGUCGAGCCCGCUUCUCCGCCAACAGCCCGAACGAUGUGGCCAAGUGUCUGAACGGCGCGGUGGCGGUGGGCUGCGGGGUGUUCGCCUGCCUCGAGAACUCCACCUGCGACACCGAUGGCAUGCACGACAUCUGCCAGCUCUUCCUACAGACAGCGGCCACCUUCAACACGCAGGGUAAGACCUUUGUGAAGGACAGCCUGCGUUGCAUCGCUCAGGGAGUCACAGCUAAAGUGUUCCAGACCAUCCGGCGCUGUAACAUCUUCCAGAGGAUGAUCGCGGAGGUGCAGGAGGAUUGCUACAGCAGUCUGGAUAUCUGCACCGUGGCGCGCACCAACCCAGACGCCAUCGGUGAGGUGGUGCAGGUGCCCACCCACUUCCCCAACAGGUACUACAGCACUCUGCUGCAGGCUCUGCUGGCGUGCGACGAGCAGACGGUGGCGGUGGUGCGGGCCGGCCUCGUGGCCCGCCUGGGGCCUGACAUGGAGACCUUCUUCCUGCUGCUGCAGAACAAGCCCUGCGUGCCGGGCGGCACCGACAUGGCGGGCGGCAACAGCAACCCAGCCAGCUGGAGGCACAUGCCCGUCUUCAACAUCCAGCCCAGCUUCAGGGGACGCGACCCCACCCACCUCUUUGCCCGCAAGCGGUCCGUGGACGAGAAGCUGCGCGAGUACAAGGGGGAGAAUUAAGAUGCGUGCGCAUGCUCCCGAAGCACGUGCAGGCGCAUAUGCAUGCAUACAGGCACACACGCAUACACACCGCAGACACACACACACACACACACACACACACACACACACACACACACACACACACACACACACACACCCACACACACACACACAAAUACAC